AUGAACGCAAACGAGGUGAGAAACAAGAUCGAGCCCAAAGUCCACAGUAAUGCGAAUUUGCGUGGCUUGAGUGACAACAAGGGCAGCAGGACAAGGCAAAGACCUGCCACCACGAAGACUCCUGCUGCUCCUCGUCGGCGAGCCGAACUCUGCCCAACCAAGAAGACAUGUAGGAAAUAUAUUUUAGAGGCUUUUAUUUUUGGAGGACACAGCCCUAUUUUAAGUAUUUAUUCUUCCCCUCAUGACGGCCAAAUAUAUCAAACAUUCAGGGGCCCCAGUGCCCCACGUUCCGCCAAUCUACCGGUACACGGCCACUGCUCUUGGGGCGACGAUGUGGUUCUGGAUGCUGUACCGGGCCAAGCACGACUGGAGACACUGGGUCGGGCUGCACGAGCACUAGUGGGGAAAAGCUACCACUCCAGGAAUACCGUAUUUAUUAUCUGUCUGGCCAGGAUCAUCGCUGUGCUGACAGCUUAUUUAUCACAUAUAGAUCAAUAA